AUGAGUCAUUGUGGGGAGAACUCUAUGCCCACUCUGAAAAUGAACCGGACCCAUCUGGACAUAUUAAGCUCUCCUUCGCAUGUUCAUCCUUCAACCAAUCCGGACCUCCUCGAGCAGUCGUCCUCACCUCAGGUUGACUACAUGCGGUCAGCAAACUGCUGGUCCUGUCCGACUCCUACAGCACAAUUGCAUUUUCACACUCACGUGCACGAAUGCCUACUUUUAUAUGACCUCAUCCCGCGAAUUCAGACUCUGAGACCUUGCCAACCAGCCGCUUGCUGCACGGGCCCACUCCAACUCGGCAUUGUCAGGCGAUGUGUUGACCUCGCAUAUGCAGUUGUUUAUGUGCGUGGUUUCACUUUUGUGUGUACUUCUGUACUGACCUACCCUCGAUUUGGCAUCCUCUCAUUCGUCGACCCUCCUUCGGACGGACGAUCAAGUCAGCCGGUUACUACGGGCCGGAGAAGGGUAGAGUGA